UGGUAUUUUUAAUGAUUUUCCUUCGCACUGUGUACGCUGUGAAAAGGGAAAAGCAAAACAUUUGCCGUGGCCGUAUGCCUAUUUGUCUGGUUGGCGUUUAUUUAUAAGGAAUCACAAGCAGUAGAUUUUCCUAGCAUUAAAAUGAAACUGCCUAAAGAAUAGAAUUGUCACGAUACAGCGGCGAUCUCAGUUUGUCUGCCAGUAAAAUGGUGAAACCUACUCCAAUGGAAGAGAAGCUGAAAUAUUCACUUCUGCGAGAUUUAAACGACAGCCAGAGUAUAUGGACCAGGAACGAAAAAAGGACAUGGUUCUUGACAUUGCUGGCGGGGACAUGCAUGCUAUAUUCGACACGAACGACGAUGCCUCUUCUAGUUCCAGCUGUAGCGUCCGAGCGCAAAUGGAGCAAAACGGAUUCUGGCACGGUGUUAAGUUCAUUCUUCUGGGGUUAUACUCUAACCCAAGUGCUCGGGGGCUAUCUUAGCGAUAAAUUCGGUGGCCAGAGAAUGAUUCUACUUGCCGCCAUCGGAUGGUCGCUAAUCACUUUCUGGAUGCCAAACAUAAUCACAUCUGCUUCAUAUCUGUCCAGCUAUUCGAUACCGUUUAUUGUUUCGGUACGAAUCGUAAACGGAGCUUGCCAAGGUGUGCACUUUCCUAGCAUGAUAAGUAUUACUAGUCAGAAUUUGAGCGCGAACGAACGUACCAGCUUCUUCAGCAUUCUUACGUCCGGGUCCGCGCUAGGUACUCUGUUGACCGGCAUCCUAGGAUCCUUCAUCUUGGACUAUUUUGGAUGGCCAACAGUGUUCCGGGUGAUUGGUUUUCUAGGACUUUCGUGGACUCUGUUCCUACGAUACUACACGAUGUCUUCCGAUCGCAGUCGGAUCAUUAACAUCUCCCAGCCUAGCAGGAUAUGCUCAAAGCUAGGUUCCACGGAGGCCGUUCCUUGGCUAAAAUUAUUUGGCAGAGCUUCAUUUUGGGCUUGUGUUCUUGCACAUGCCUGCGAAAUGAACUGCUUUUUUGUGCUACUCUCCUGGCUGCCGACAUAUUUUCAUGAAAAUUUUCCACAUGCGAAGGGAUGGGUAGUGAACAUGAUUCCAUGGCUGGCGCUACCACCGGUAACCUUUCUCGGGAAAAUCCUAACUGAGAAGUUGAUUGCCAAACAGUGGCCCCUGACGCGAAUUAGAAAGCUGGUGCAGAGUAUCUGCUUUCUAGGACAGAAUGUUGCUCUUUUCAUAAUGUGUCACACACAGGAGUUCAACAUCGCACUGACAUGCAUGUCAAUUAUUAUCGGUCUGUCGGGACUCCACAACAAUGCAGUUACUGUGAAUCCACAAGAUCUUGCACCAAGUCACUCGGGUAGUGUGUUUGGUUUGAUGAAUACCGUGGGAGCGAUUCCUGGCUUCUUAGGAGUGUACCUGGCCGGUCACAUUCUGGAGCUAACUCAGAGCUGGUCCGCAGUUUUCAGUACGGCAGCGGCAAUCAACACCGUUGGUUGGUUUAUCUUCACUAUUUUCGGUGCAACAGAGCCGAUUGUGUAGGCAUCGAACAUACAUGUGGGAAACAAAGCGAUUUUUAUACUUCAUUAGAUACGAACAAUAUCUGACUCAUUCCUAGCUGAAAUCAUACCAAAACAGUCCGACGAAAUUUGUGCGGAUGAAAUUAAUAGGGGAAAUGCUUAUUUUUCAAAAUAAACCAUUACAAACUAAGCGGACGUAAGAUACAAUGUAUUUGGUUGUUAAUUCAAGACGAAAUAAAUAUCAUCACACU